UCCCAAAUCUUCUUGUGUAUAAUAUAUAAGUAGAUACCAAGAAAUUCAUCCACCUUCUUAUUGCAUAACAGGUAGAUAUCAAGAAUUUCAUCCACCCCACCAAGAAACUGAAUUACUGAAGCAUUUGCUUCUUCUUCCAUGGCCGAUCAAUCCAAGACCUCAGCCACUGUUCAUCCACCACCAACCACCAAUGUCCGUCCACCGCUGCCGUCAAACACCUCCUGUCCCUACUCCUCCAUACGACUACCACCACCGGCACCACCCACACACCACAAACACCCUCACAAUACUGCAACAAUCCGGCAAGAAAACUGCACCUUCCACUGCCUAUUUUUCACACCUUUCGCCAUUGGCUCCGUCAUCUUCUUCCUACUCUUCUUCCUACCCAUCAUUACCUUCCUUAACCGUCUCAAACUUCAAUAUCUCCCCCACCACACCUCCCCUUCUUUCCGGCCACUUCACCGUAAUCAUCAGCGCCCGUAACCCUAACAGCAAACUUACUUUCUCCUAUAACCACCUCGACGCCGGAAUUUAUCUCGGGAGCAAUCAACUCUCGGGAACUACCCUCCCGCCAUUUGCUCUCUCAAAGAAGAACGAAACCUCGCUUACAGCAAAUUUUGCCGCUGUUGGGGCUUACGUGGACCGGGCUGAGAGUGAAAAUCUGGUAUUCAACUUGAAGAUUCAAAUGAAAGUUCGCUAUAAAGCUGGUUUUUGGAGAAGAGUGACAUGGUUGGAGGCCUUCUGCCCGGGAUUGUCUGUCAGGACUAAUACUGCAAAGAGUGGUUCAAGUUCUGAUGUUUGGAGUCUGAUUGGGGGAGCUAGAUCCUGUGAGGUUUGUUAAGAAGCCCAUUAAUCCAAGUCUAAGGGAAUUACAGAAUGAUUAGUGAGAUUUUAAAAAGUUAUUAGUAGCUUUCCCAACAUAUAGAUGACUGAUGUAAAUAAUUUAGUGAUGGGCUCAUGACAGUGAAUCAGGGGAUUAUAGAUGUGAUCAUGAAUUAAUGAUUAUGUUUAGU